AACGUUCUUUCUUUUUCCGGUCCGCCAUUGAACCUCGUGUUUCUUGGCUGUCAAAAAACUUAAAUUAACAUCAUGGGAGCUUAUAAAUACAUCCAAGAACUAUUCAGAAAGAAGCAAUGCGAUGUUAUGAGAUUUCUAAUCCGUAUAAGAACUUGGCAUUACCGACAAUUGUCCGCAAUUCACCGUGCGCCAAGAUCAACUAGACCGGACAAGGCUAGACGUCUUGGAUAUCGGUCUAAGCAAGGAUACGUCAUUUACCGUGUACGUGUACGUCGUGGUGGAAGGAAACGUCAAGCCCGUAAAGGUGCCACUUACGGUAAACCAACAAACCAGGGUGUAAACCAGUUGAAGAAUCAACGCGGACACCAAGCAAUUGCUGAGGAGAAAGUCGGACGACACUGUAAGGCUCUCAGAGUCUUGAACUCCUAUUGGGUUGGUCAAGAUUCGACUUACAAAUACUUCGAAGUUAUUCUUGUUGAUCCCUUCCAUACAACUAUUAGAAGAGAUGCCAAGAUUAACUGGAUUUGCAAACCUGUCAUGAAACAUCGUGAAAUGAGAGGAUUAACCUCAGCCGGCAAAUCAUCCAGAGGUCUUGGAAAGGGUCACGGUUACUCCAAAACUACUGGUGGUUCUAGAUUCGCUUCAUGGAAGAGGCGCAACUUGCAACAAAUGCGCCGUAAACGUUAGAGAAUGCCGUGUUGUUUCAAUACAGAUAAGAUGUUCGAUUGUGUUGAAUGAAACUCAUUACGUGUAGUUAAUUAGUUUGAUUUAAACAAUUAAGUCAAUGAUCAAAUUUAUGAAAGCUCAACACGUGUUCAAUAUGGGGAAAAGAAAAGAAUAUUUCCUCGAUCAGGUCAUAUAUUAUUAUUUAUAGGCCAAUAGCACAUGAUUACUCAAAAACUUUUUUAUUUCAAUUUAAAAAAAAUCAAGCAUCAAAUUUUUAUCUAGAAGUAUCUACCAAGUAGUCUUUCAAUAAACAAGUGAAGAGCUUCAGCGAACACGAUAUUAGGAAGUUGCCUAGCAUUUUCAAUCGCUUUAAGAGUAUGUUCUUUUGCUAAAUCCCUAGUCUUUUGAAUUCCGUCAUAUUUUUCUAUCAAUUCUAGUGCAUUUUCGAUGUCUCCAUCUUGCGAAUAUCUUCUUUGAAUUAUCACUUGUAGUUUCGCACUGUCUCUAGCUGCCAGUAAAGCGGGAGCAGUGGCUAAUCCUAAUUUCAUGUCUGCCACUGCAGGUUUACCCAACUUUUCCUCGGUGCUCACGAGAUCCAACAAAUCAUCAACCAAUUGAUAGGCUAAGCCGACAUGUUUUCCUAUGUUUCUUGCGUUCUCUACUAAUUGAUCGUUACAUUUUGCUAAUACUGCAACUGCAGCACAUGCAUUUGUAGUCAAGCUGGCAGUUUUCGCAAAGGUUUUGUCCAUAUAUAAUGAAAAUUGUUCUUUUAAAUUUGCACCUUGUUUUUGUUGACUUAACUCUCCUCUAACGAUAUCAUUCAUUGCUUGGGAAAGUAGUUUUAUAACUCUUGGAUUUCUUAAACGGGCUAAUAACUGGGAAGAUACACUAAUCAUGUAGUCGGCAACAAAUGUUGUUAAAGUGUCACCAAAGACUAAGUGGGAUGAUGGCUUUUUUCUUCGUAAUUCUGCAUUAUCAACAAUGUCAUCGUGAACCAAGGAAGCUGUAUGAAUCACUUCUGCUAUCAUUGCUAUCGUUUUUUGAUCAGACGAAGGAAGAGAAUUUUCAAAACAAGCCCCUGCAGUCAAUAAAACUAACUGGGGUCUAAUUAACUUUCCCGAGCCAUCACAAACAUAUGUACAACAUUCUAAAGUUUUCUGAUGUCCUCCUGAUUCUACCAAAGCGUUUUGUAACCUUUUUGUACAUAACUCUUGAGCCUCUGUUCGCGACCAUGUGAUAAGUUCUUCUGGAGUAUACUCAGUUGGAAGAUGCUGUUAUAUAUAUAUAUAUAUAUGUAUAUACAAGCACUGAAACUUGCGUUACGCCUUACAAAUUUUAAUUUAAAAAAAAAACUUAAAAGUUUGUAAUCUAUAUUAAAAUUGAAUCUGAUGAAAUCACAUGUUCGAAAAAGUAUUUUCUAUUUACCUGCUGUAUAUGCUUUUGCCACUUAUUACACGCAAAGGCAAGGCACAGUUCACGUCGUUUUGUUGCAUUAUUAAUAAGUUUUGGAGCAAACAGGGGUUGAAAACCAUUUAUUUUUUCACAUGAUCUCAAAAUAACCUUCAAGGAUUGCUUGCCGAUGGACAUCGCCAUUUUUUUGAACUGGGUGUUGCUAAGUUCUGAUAUCAGUUGUCGAUUGCAAAUGAAAAAGUUUUAGCGAUGUCACUAAAUUCAACUUUUUAUUAUUUUAUUAUACUAUAAAUUAUAGAGGUCAUUUAGGAAUAAAAUAGAAUUUAUUUCUUAUUUCUCAAAUAUCAAAA